AUGGCCAAAUUGAUCCCUAGUAGCCCUUUGUUGGAUAACGAUGCGGACAAGGGUAACUCGAGUUUUACCUCAGAUAUGGCCCAUCCAAAUUUGGCAGAACGCAAGAGGCGCACACGAACAGGGUGUCUCAACUGCAGCCGCAGACGGCGAAAGUGUGAUGAAGCCAAGCCGACAUGUACGGGCUGUAAGCGUCGCGGCGAGGAUUGUCAGUGGCGCGUGCUCGGUUCAUUCCGCGAUGCCAAUAUUAAGGUGUUGGAAUCGGAUCACCCCUCUAUGAGUCAAGGAGGGGCUGUCAGCAAUAUUAAACGUCAAAACAAAUUCAAGAUUCUGAACAAUAUGUCGAAUUUGCCCCGCUCGCGGAUUGUGAAACGACAAUAUGAGGCUGGGACGGUCCUGGAUCUGAGUAUAAACCUCGAUCAGUCAGACGGGCGUGGCCUGUCUCCGCCAUCCACAAAGAACAACAGCACUGCGUCUGCAUCCGACGUCGCCGCUGAAGAUACCCAAGACUAUGUGGCUGCGGAUGCGACUCACACUCCAGGUACCAACCCUGAUCAAGUGCUGGGGUUGUCGCCGCCAUUAUCGGGCCACUCACAAAUACCACAAGACUCCAGCCACGAAGGUGUCCGCAAUGGUGAUAGCCAGGAAAAUGUUGGUCAGACUGGUCCACUUGAAGAGACCAGCCAGGGCAAAUAUUUGAACAAUCUUCACUGUGACUUUGAGCCGCCUUCUCUUCAUGAUGACGCUUCCUCCAGUGCCUAUCUGAACUCCAGCCCGGAGUUUAUGAUAGACGACCUCACUGCGCUCCGAAACCUUACACAUAACUCUCAAUUCCGACCAUCUGUGCCGGGCUCAUACGAGUCCCAUUCACCGCAGUUCAAUCAUAGUAUAUUCUCUGAUCCAGCAGACUUUACUAACGAUGUGUUUCUUCCUGGCUCCACAUAUGAGGCCCUUCAUACUACCCUGCGAAAUCGUCAACUGUGGACUGCAAGACCCGACGUAACAAGUUUGUGUAGUCCUCGAGGGUCCAUCUCUCACAUUCAUACACCGACACCAUUCAGUGACUCAGAUUCCUUCAGCAGGUCUGGAAGAGAGCCUCGGCGUUCAAGACCAGGCAGAUUCAUUGACCUCUCCCCUGAACGGGAACAUUUGCUGUGGCAGAACUAUCUGAACGAGAUUUGCUCAUGGCUCGAUAUGUUCGAUAAUAAUCACCACUUCGCUUCCACUUUCCCUCAGAUGGCCAAGACCGCACCUCAUCUCCGCUACUCUAUGCUUGCGUUAUCCGCGCGACAACUCGAGAGGUUACAGAAUAAAAAGUCCCAGUCGGAGAGCUUGUCGCUUUAUCAGGAGGCUAUACACCUACUAUUGCCGGAGUUGGAAAGCAAAACAACCCCAGUAAUUGCCUCUUGUGUCAUUCUGUGCGUCUUGGAGAUGUUGAGCUGCAACCCAAAAGAAUGGCGCCGCCAUCUGGAUGGCUGUGCGUAUCUCAUUCAGGCGGCUGGCAUCAAUGGUUUCUCUGGAAAAGAAGAGCAAGCAUUGUUCUGGUGCUUUGCACGGAUGGAUCUCUGUGGCGGUCUCAUCUCGGAGGAAGAGACAAUCAUCCCAAUCCAUAACUGGAGGCCUCGUGAUAUGAGUUGUGUUGAAGCAUCUCUACUCUUUCUGUCUUCAGCGAAAAACAAUUUCGAUACGUACGCCAACUACACCGUUUAUCUCUGUGCGGAGACAAUUGGAGUCCUUUUUGGCAGUGGGUCAAAGACCCCACACCCCUGCACCUCCUGUCAGUCGGUCACAGAUGAAGAAGGAAGUUCUUAUGUACACCGUUGGCAAGAGGUAUUCAACCAUGCAGAGCUGUGGCAUGACAACCGACCCAACCAAAUGAAACCAGUCUUUACAGUUGCUGCCGCUACACCUGGCCACACGAGGGGAAACAGGCCAUUUCCAACAGUCCUAUAUGGUAAUGGAGAUGCUAUCUCUGGCAAUCAACUAUAUCACGUCUGUGCUCUACUGCUGCUUCAACGAAAGCCCAAAACUUUGACACUUUCCAAGAAGCCGAAAUCGGUCCUAUGGCACGCGCGACAAAUAUGUGCUAUCUCUGCUUCCAACGCGCACCAUGGCUGUUGGACGAAUGCCCUCCAACCUCUCUGGAUAGCCGGGAAGGUAAUGUCACACUACUCUGAGCAUGCAGCGAUCGUGGAGACGUUGAUUAGGAUCGAGCGCGAGACCGGAUGGGCAACGACAUGGCGAGUUGAAGACUUGAAGGAGUUCUGGGGCGAUUACGAUAAUGACGAUGAUUGUGAUGUUGACAUGGAUUGA